GACCAUCAUAUGACGUCACGGCCAUUAGUGGAGUCAUUAGUGAUGUAAUGGACGCUAGAUGAAACCAUUGAGAAUUUAUUUGUUAUGCAGUACAAGCAAUAGACAGUCAAGAGAUACGACUGUCGGUGUUAAACUAUCAUAUGGUACCUGGGGGAGACCAGGAAGUGGCGUUACUGAGGUUGAAGACAGUCUCCAAGAGAUCAUCUUUCAACAUUGACUAGUUGGCAGGACAUGCAAGUGUUCAAAAUGUGGCAGAGAACUGACAGUGAAGAAGAAAUAUGUGUUUCAAUGCAACGACUGACUGUACUCUUUCACAAAAAAACACACUUAAAAUUACACAAUUGUACUUCUAGAAAGUUGCUUUCAUUAGUAUCAAAUAUCAAAAUGUGAGGAGGGAAAGGGUUUAGAAUGGAGAAAGACGGCCUUGUCAGGGCACUGCUUACAUCAGUGCCACACACAUCAACAUCCCUGACUAGUGCUUCAAAUAUCUCUCCUGGAAAGAUCCAUGCUGGAUCUUCAGGUCUCAACUCCCUCUCCUUCCGUCGCCCAUGUCCCUCUUCACGGCCUGGGUCCCCACGAGCCCUGGGAAGUGGCCCAGGAUUUAACGAGAGCUCAAUGGAGGUCAAAACAAGAAUCCCGGGCGACCCGCAUGCCAGGUUUGCCUCAGUGCUGAGGCUGGCUAGUGGGCAGGAGAGUGAACCAGAUAUAGUGAUGCUGGACCACUCGUAUGCUCGACCUUGGAAUUGGCGGCCAGAAGCCUCGCAUGCUCGGCCAAGGAAGAUGUUGUUUAUGGCCAAGAGUGCUCGUCAAAGUCGUAGCAGCGCCAAUUAUGAUGAGCUCAUAGACGUUGAUGGUGAACCUUCCCCUCUACCUCCCUUACCAUAUGACUUGAGUAAGGCCCAACAAGUGAUGAGCGAGUGUGAACGCCACGUUGUUUUUGCCCGGUUGGACCAGAUCAAGCCAGAACUACGCCAAGAUAGGAAACAGACUCCAGAAGAUGAAGAUGAAGACUGGGGGGAUAAAAUAACUAGAAUUGGUUGGACAGACCCACAGUCAGCCCUCUUCAACAAGGUGGUGCAGAUCCUGGACUCUGACCGCCUGGGACGUCUUGCUCUAAAAGACUCCCACAAUGAACCUGUCACCCGUAGAGCUCUCGUUGAUAAAACUUCAGCCAAGUUUCGACAGGCUCUUGCACGGGUCAACUGGGACUCCAAGUUGACCCAGUGGCUUCACUCCAUCCUCCUCCAGCACCUCAGUCUCUCGUACCUGGCUGCUUACCUGGACAUUCUGCAGACAUUAAAAUCCAAGAUCCCGACACUAAUAGACAAGAUGGUGUCGCUGAGCAGUACUCACCGAGGUGCGAGUGUCGAGGCCCUCAAUCUGUUGUUGAAGCGGCCUUGGGACCCUGCAGUGCCUUCCUUAAAUCACCACAAGCCGCGGAAACUGGAUGGUUCUGUAAUCAUCGUACAGGUGCCCAGUGGUCCACCUUCCAGCAUCCCCCAGGCUCCCCGCAGAAUACGCUUCUUCAAUGCUCAGCUGCAGCACAUGGCAAAGACAGUACCUGUUAUGAUUACCCCUGAGAACAAUGAAGCAAGCUUGGUGCUAGAGCAGAUCCUGAGUGAGGUGCGAGCUCGUGUGGUGGAGUGCAAGAGUCAAUACCCCAGCAGUCCUGUGGUGCUCCUUGGAUGGGGGAUAGGUGCUGUUAUUGCCUGCCAUGUGUCUAUGUUGGAGACAGUGACAGCCAAUAUUUGUCUGGGGUUCCCUAUGACAGGUGCCUCAGGCAAACGUGGGGAGGCUGAUGAUCCUCUUCUUGAUUGUCGAACUCCAACUCUUUUCAUCAUCGGCGAAAAGGCUGCAAAUGUCAGUGUGGAUGAUGUUGAGGACCUGCGUGUGCGCCUCCGUGCCGAGACUGGCCUGGUGGUUGUUGGGGGGGCUGAUUCUCAUCUUCGUUUGUCUUGUCAGAAACGCCAUCUGGAGGGUGUUACACAGUCUAUGGUUGAUAGAUGUAUAGUGGAUGAAAUUGGAGACUUCUUAUGUCACCUGCUGAAUGAAAACAAUGGAGGCUCCAUGAAUUCAUCAUAUUCUACCUGCCCCUCUCAGACCCAACAUGUUUCAUCUUCAGGUGUUUACCCCCACACCUCCUUUACAUCCUCCUUCACCAACCCAUUGCCUCCAAAGACUCAACGCAAGGAAGGCACGAGGAAAAGGAAGAUUUCAACUGGAUGUUCCCUGGAUGGCUCUGCUCCCCCAUCACCUGCAAAAAUCUCACGACCAAGUACUCCAAUCAGCAUGGGUGGAAAUAAUGUCAAAAUACCCGUGGGAGUGUCGGCUCUUUCCUCACCAAGCCUUAACUAUAGUGGCGGGGAUUCAGCCCUGACCACACCCAAUUCAUCUUAUCCACCAAGUGCUAAUUCCACUCCACUGAGUGACACCACACUGUCUAACUCCAGUACACCCCGGUCAACAGGAGGCACUCCUCAAGUUUCCCCGAGCACUUCUCUCAAGCGUAAGUACACACGAAAAACAGAGUCUCGCCGCUACCCAAAGAUGAGGAGCCUCGCUACAGACCUUUCGUCUGGCCUUUCAGCUUUUUCGACAACCUUGACCUCGCCCCUCGUGUCGACUGUGAGCUCUAGAGAUACCCUCGUUGGUGGUAAUGCAGAGGAAUCAUUAACUAGUCAGCCCAGGCAGGCAACAGUAGGGGGCACCACACAGGACCUGCUGUCCCCCUUCUCCCCUGUACCGUGCUCCAUCCCGUCACCUGUGCCAUCGUCUGUGGCCACUAUCCCACUUGGGUCUUUGGCUCCACUCUCACGUCAGAAGUAUCAAAGGAUCCUGCAUCUGUCAGCAUUGCGGCGGGACUCCCCGUCGACCCCGCCCUCCGACAGCUUCCACUUGACAACUCCCACUGCAUCAAAGGACACCUCACACACCAAAUCCACCCUCCACACAACUUCUGCAAGUUUUGCCGGUCUCCUCCGAGAGACAACUCCACCGUCGUCCUCCGCUUCUUCUGGUGGUGGGUUGAUCGAUCAGUUUAAGGUGCCAUAUCCUAGGCGAGCGCCAAGGACACGGCGUAGAAAACCCAAGUUGAAUAUGUACCCAAAAAAAAAAAACCAAUUUAAUCAUAUGUACAGAACUACAAAGACUGAAUCAGCAUCUCAUCAUUGUGUAGGAUCAGCCAAAGUCGGUAGCAUUUCAUCAUUUGAUUCAACUAAUGUGAACAACACAAACAGUGUGCCUGCGACCCUUGAACCAAUUGAGAUAGGUGUAGUUACAAAUGAUUUGAAUGAUAAGUGUGAUAGGUACAACAAGACAAAUUCAGGCUAUAGUUGUCAUUUGGAAAGUAUUGAUGAGGAGGGUAACACUCUGAAUAAAGAUUCUGCAGAGUCUCAUGUAGAAUAUAAACAGGAUCAGUUUAUUGUACACGACCAAGAAACCGGUAGGUCUUAUUGCCAGCUUGGGGCAUCUCCUUGGGUCGGAAAUGAAUAUAAGCAGUAUGUAAAUGAUGCGUGUUUAAUGGGUACCGAGAGAGAUAGUGGAAGGAUUAAUGAGUGUGUAACAGUGUCUCAAAUGGAACCUCCUUAUAGUCAUUAUUUAGGUGGUUGGACCUCAAGCCAGAGGCCAUCUAGCACAACACCUGUAAUGGGUAAUGAAUGUGUCAAGCAGCUCAAGUCCAGUGUGACUGUUGAUGAUAUGUGGAAUGUGUGUCCCCAGUAUAAUAAUGAAGGGUUUAGGGUUGCAUCAGGUUGUGAUAGCAUGUCUAAUUAUGUAUUUUCCUACCCUUAUCAAUCAGAAGCCCAAACUUCCGACUCCAUUGACAUCACUACUCCCUCUCCUACCCUUGUGACAAGCUCCGACGGAAGUCCAAUCCUGCGUCAGAGACUCAGUGUAAGUGAGGUGGCUGGUCCUUGUUUGGCUUGCAUAAUGGGAGAUAAUUUUUCAUGCCAGGCGCAUGCAAAGGGACUGCCAGAAUGUGGGUCUAGUGAUGGCAUAAAUAACCAGUUGAUGACCCUUUCUGACGUGCAAGUAGAUGCAAGUUGUAAAAGUUUCGACUUUACAUUGAUCUCUUCUAGUUUAAUGUGUGGGGAGUCGGGUUAUAUGAACUGUGGUUGUGGAAAUUUUACUUGCCUCUCCUGUUGGAGUCCUGGGAGUCUACACACUGACAUCAGUGGUACUCAGGAGCCUGGUAUGAGUGGGGAGUCAAAUUUGGAGGUUUUCCCGGGAUUGGAGGGUGACACAAGGGAAAACCUUGAGCGUUCGGGUGAGACUGUGUCCUUACAUGGAAUGACUGGGGUGACUGUCUCAUCCUCUGCUUAUAUACUCAAUAAUCAUACUCCUGUCUCUUCUGUCAAUAAUCAAGCUUCUCUCUCUUCUGUCAAUAAUCAUACUUAUCUCUAUUCUGUCAAUAAUCAUACUCAAGCUUCUCUCUCUUCUGUCAAUAAUCAUACACAAGCUUCUCUCUCCUCUGUCAAUAAUCAUACUCAAGCUUCUCUCUCUUCUGUCAAUAAUCAUACUCAAGCUUCUCUCUCCUCUGUCAAUAAUCAUACUCAAGCUUCUCUCUCUUCUGUCAAUAAUCAUACUCAAGCUUCUCUCUCUUCUGUCAAUAAUCAUACUCAAGCUUCUCUCUCCUCUGUCAAUAAUCAUACUCAAGCUUCUCUCUCUUCUGUCAAUAAUCAUACUCUAGCUCCUCCCUCUUCUGUCAAUAAUCAUACUUUUGAGCCUUGCCAUCUGUCAUCAUCUUUGUCUAAUUACUCAUUAGCUAACGACACAAGUGAUAUUUAUAAGUCACUCAAGAUGGUGACACUUGUGCCGGUGACAGGUGUUGACCCGAGUGUACCAAAGAUCAAGCUCUCCAAGGCAGAUUUCAAAAGCUCGUCGGGAAAGAUUUGCUGCCUGACAUGGUCCCCUAACCAGAAUAAGAUUGACACUUCAUUGAAGCCACAUCUGAGAGACCUGACACCUGAUCCAGUAAACAAGGGUCUUUCUGUGUCAUCAAUGCAAGAAAUGGGUGAAAAAUCCUUGGCUGGAAAGGUACAGGAUAUUAUUAAGGAAAAGGGACAGCUGGAAAUUGUAUCAUUAUCUGGAAAAGGCAUCACUGUUCCAGGUUGUAAGGUAUCAGGGACAGUUAAAGGUGAUCAUAAUUUCAACAGUUCACAAGAGAAUGUCAAAAUACAAGUAUCAAGUUGUUCUGGUAGUGAAUCUUCCAACACCAUGAAUUUGAGCCAAGCGAACAUCUUGCAUUCACCCCGAAAAAAAUGUUUGCCUUCAGAUUCCUUCUCACAUGUCAGCAAUACUCUUCUAAAUAAGUCCAAAGGGUGCCCUCCAUCAGAGCAGGAUUCAUCCACUGGCAUCCCUGUUAUUGAUCUCACAGACUCUGAUGACCAAGAAGACAAUGCACUUAAAAAGAACAAUAGUACAAGAGGAGAGUGGAUUAAGAUAUGUCGAAAGGUUAAAGAUUCUCAAGAUGAUGCAAGAAUUAGUAGCGGUCAUCAUUUUCCCACAUGUAAAACAGCUGGGAAGGAAUUGUACGAAAAUCCUACAUCUGGUGUUGUUAUUGAGUUCCUCAGUCCACAGGCAAAAGUUGACAAAGAGAAUGGCAGUAAAACUUGCAAGCAAGGUAUUCAAAAUACUAUAGGUUUAAAGAGUGUGUUUGCUAACCCGCAGAACAGUAGUUGCCAUAAAGCUAGAAUCACCUCAUCAGUAGGUCUUACCUUGGCUGAAGAACAUAAUGUAGAGGCUUUUAGUCAGUUAUCUUCUGAACAAGUCUUACAGGUAACAAAUAUAUCAAAUAAAGCAUUACCAAAGUGCCCAGAGUAUGGCAAGAACACUGGAAGGGAAAAAUAUCUUUGUAAGAACAAUGUGCCUGCCAGUGUUAAGGCCAAGACCCAUAAUUCUGUUACAUUAGUACAAAAGGCCACUCAACCUCACAUGGGAAGGCACUCAUCUGAAGACAGUGAGUCUAAUUUUAACAAGAAAAAAUCCUUCCAGCUUGUCAAAAACCAAGCAAGUGAAAAACAAAAAAUACAUAAUAAAGUGAAGCCUUUCAGGCACAGAAAAGUAAAAGGCAAGAAUAUGAACUUUCCAAGUGUUUCCAGAGCUAGCAAUUUGAUUAAAGUGACAACAACAAGUAUUGUCAGAGAUGGUAAUCAUUCAGGUAUUGCCAUUUCAGACUCAGUUGUACAACAAACCCUCUUGUUCAAUGGCUCAAAAACUAGAAAUUGUGAAAAGCGUCAGACCCGUGUGCUUGAAAUUCCAGUGGCUGACAGUGAGCUCAAAAACCAAACUCACCCCCAUAGAACACAUUGUUCAACUGAUUGUAAGAUCAUAAACAUAGAGGAACCGCAUUUAAGAAAUAUGUGUACAAAAACUACUCUCAAGUCUUGUCCCCAAAGUAAGCCAACAAAGCAGCAGAUCAUGAUGGGGAACAUCCAUGUUAGAAGACCAGAGCCCCAGCAUUUGGUUCAGGACCUUAAUGGUGGCCAGUUGCAACGUGAACCCUCCUGGUCACAUAAAAAACAGCAACAAGCUAUUACAAAGCCACAAGAGAUGACACUUGCUAAAAUAAAUCGCUUCCACAGGUCUUGCAAGUCAGGCUCUAACAGUCAGGUGAUGGAUAGUUACCUCGGUAGUCCACCUUCUUGGUAAUAGGUGUCAAGUUUUCAAGAAAUAUUUGACUACCAUAUCUUAUUCUGUUGUGAGCCAUAUAUUUAAAAAAACAGACAUGGUGAAUUAUUAUAAUCUACUAUAAGGAAGACAGCAUGAGGCAUUACAUAUGGUAGAGUUUGUCAGGUGAAUAGUACAGUAAUACAAUUUUAAUUAACAGAAGUUUAAUUUAGUUAUUGUGGUGUGCAAUAGUAGACGGCAGUAGAAUAUACAAAAAAUAUAUAUAAUUUUUAUUAGUUCUUACACACAUGUAUAUACACAACUGAUCUCAUACUAAUUUAAUUGCCAUAAGAUGUAUUUUUUUUUACUUUCUUUAUAAAAUACUUUGUUACAUUUUUUAUUUGUAUUUUAAAAGUUGUCAUUUGAGGCAUGGCUUUCAGUAAGUGUUUGUCUUUUGUGAUGUGUGUUGAUUCUCUCUAUAACACUUGGCUGUGCUUGCAAACUAAUGAGAUAGUUCUUCAGACCUAGAUAAGGAAGUCAUGUUAAUGGCACCUUUUACCCAUGUGGAUGUGUGUUGUGAUAAGCAGAGCUUGCAGUUAUACUGUAUUAAUAUUUUUUGGUGGGGGGAGUUAAAUAAUCUAUAGUAAGAGAUGAAAAUCCACAACUCACACAUUAACAAUGAGGGAGUGUCUGUAUAUAAGGGACAUAACCACACUACUCAGGUGUAAAGCCAGGAAUGACAAGGCCCAAAUGUCAUAAGGGCAUUUAGACGUUAUCCACUGGCAGUUUGCUCCAAGGCCAAGGCUAUAACUCAGUGCCAUAAUGUUACAACACAUCGCUGUAUAACACCCACUACUUUUUUCUGAAAUACUACACUACUGUACUUCUAAUUUUGUUCAUAUCUACAGUGUUUAGUUGUGUUCGUAAUGAUGCAACAAGUUAUUUAGUUAUACGUACUGUACUGUAUAAUAACUCGUGCUGCUGAUAGCUUAUGUUAUUUGAAGUUAUCUAAAACUGAUGCUCAUGUACUUUUGUGAUACUCUGCUAGACGUUACAAGCAGUUUAUAUCUGGUCUUGAGUUAGACUGAUACAUGAAUGAGAAUAAAGUCCAUUUAUUUGUUAACUUUUUUGGGGGGUUGAACUGUCAGUGCUCAAAGUGACUCCUUGACUACUCACUCACAUUGGGUAGAUUUGAUGUACCUGUUGAGGAUGAUACAUACAAGUGUUUUUCAUCCAUUUGUUAAGAUAUGAGAGUCAGCUGUUGUGCCUCAUGCCUAUAUAUAGUAUGAACCUUUACAGUAACACCAAACAUGUGAAAAUUAUUGAGGGAAUUUUUUUGUCAUUCCUCUUGGUGAUUAGAGGGAAACUGUGGAGAACCUGUAUGUACUGUAUAGCAAAUAAUACUUUUCACAAAGAGGAAUACCCCGUAAAAAAUUUGUCCAAGGUAUUGUAUCAGGAAGUGCGAGAAACACAUGAACGUAUUAACAUCAAGUCGUCAGGAUUGUUGUGCCUACACCACCACUUAAAAUUUUCUUUACAUUAUUUAAUGUGAAUUUGUUAUUUACUUUUCCCUGUGGGUUUAGCAGAGAAGAUUAUGUACGGGUAUUGUGUGGCGUCUUUUUUUAUUUUUAUAUUAUCAGUAUGUUUGUCUAUUUUUGUUUUAUGCUUAUAUAAUAAUUUACGGUAGUUGGUAAUUUAUAUCCACAUCUAGUUACUUUUUUUUUUUUAAUGAUUAAAUCGUUCAACAAAUGAUCAAUAAAUGUGCCUCUGUGGAACCCCCUGGCAGAAUCUACCUUGUUGUGGGGUCUGUGAGUGUGUCUUAGGCAGGGUCACUGUUAUGUUGGAUCGUUGUAAAUUCUUGCAUAAACAGUUACAUAUCCUGUCAGACCGGUUUAUGAAACAAGCCCUAACCCUGGUCUGAUUAUUGCUUCAAAAGCCAGUGAGCCGACACUUUAAUUAUAAACUUGUAACCUGUUUCUGGUCUUCUAUUAACAUGUUUUAUCUGUGGGAAUUCUCAAACUUUACACACACACAAAAUCAUGAAAAGGCUAGUAUGAGGCACUUAAUGCCAGUUUUAUGAAAAGGGUAAAAUCACAAGCUUGUUUGGAAUCUCAAGUCAGUUGCUGAAUGACCCAUAAACCAUAAAACAAGGAUUGAAAUAUGAAAUCCUAUUUUAGGGUUGAGGGGAAUAGGUAAGUGACCUGGAUUCCCUCUGUUUGCUAUGGUGAAGUUCCUUAUUAGCUGGCAAAUGUGAGGAGUAAAGUUUGUGAUUUAAGGUGUAUGAUUGAGGCUUUCAAGUAAAACAAGGCCAAGAGUCAGGCUUAAACUUGGUGUAGAUGUUGGCUGGCUUGCUUUUAAAACAACAACCAAACAAUGCUUGAAUCUUGCAGCUGGGUGAGUUGCUGUCCAUUUAAUAAUUUACACUGAUCAUACAGAACACAGGCCCUUCCUAAGAGUACAGAUAGACUCCUGGCAAUAUUUGCUUUGCUAGAGGUGGUCUGGUGAGGUAACCUUGUGGCUUAUUUGUCUCUUCACCUCAACCAUAAACAAGAAAUCCCAAAUUUCAGAUCAUUCUGUUAGUGGUCUCAGACAUAAACAGAAGUCAUUAAGUAUUGUUAGGAGUUGAUAGUAAGAAUUAUAAACUUAUUAGUUUGUGUCCUGGAUGUACUGUAUAUUGGUUACCAUAUUAUACCAAGAGCAUCUAUUUAAUGUUCUCUUUGGGUGAUCUAGACAACACACAUGGUCCUUAUUGCAAUCCCAUUCAUUAAUAUUGUUUAUGACACUAACAAAUGGCACAGAAGCAAACCUUGGUCUCAUCUAUUGGGAAUAUAUUUGUCAUUGUCGGUGCAGUGUGGAGAACAUUCCUUCAAACUUGACCCUGGGAAAAUUUGUUAUUUAGUUACUGCCACUGUUGAUUUGAAAUUGGUGUUUUUAUUGUUUGUAGUAAAACAGAGCAGAUUGUGUGUGUGUGUGUGUGGUCACACACGUAUGUGUGACCACCCCUGCAGUAGAGUGGAA